GGCCGUCACGAUAAGAUCAUGCUUUGUAAACACAUUACUUUGUACAAAAUGUACAUUUAUGUUUAGCAGUGGUGCGUGAAACGGCAUUGAUGCAUCGAUGAAUGGAAUUAAACAUUAUUAUUAAUGUACAGUUUAUAUGCAUAUUUUCAAAUCUUCAUGGACCGAGAUUAUAUUUGUGUUUACAAAAUUUGAGGAAACUUAAUGGAAAUGGAUGGGUUCAGAGAUUCAUCUGAAGAUAUUUACACCAAGAGAAGACAGUCGCGUGACCGAAGAUGUGUCAUCAUUUCCAUGGUAUCUGUCGGAAUCGUAGCUUUUAUAAUAGGAAUUUUGAUUGGCCGAUUCGGCACGUGCCCCGAUGAAGAAACUCCGGACGUGAGAUCUGGGUUGUUCCUCGAAGGCGUUACAGAAAAACUGAUGGAAGACGAGGACCCGGAAAUCAGUGAAAUUCUAAUUCAGGGUAUGCACGCGGACAACAUUCGCUCAAAUCUGAAGAUGUUAACAGACAAACCUCACUUGGGCGGAACCGAAGAAAAUCACGAGCUUGGGCGGAAGUUGAAAAUAUUCUGGGAAGAAAAUGGUCUCGAUCACGUGACAAUGGCUCCAUACGAAGUUCUUUUGUCUUAUCCGAAUAUGUCAAAUCUGAAUUUUGUCGAACUGUUAGAUGAAAAUAAUAAAACAGUUUAUAAGUCAAAUUUAACGGAACCCAUUCUGACACCGGAGGAAGAUAAACCGGAUGUAGUUCCACCAUUUAAUGCAUACUCUCCUCCCGGAGAUAUCAAAGGUGAUGUAGUAUAUGUGAAUUACGGUCGUGUAGAAGAUUUUCAAUUUUUGGAGAGAAACACAUCCAUUAACAUCACUGGAAAAAUUGUGCUUGCGAGAUAUGGGAAAAUAUUUAGAGGAAACAAGGUCAGACAUGCAGAAGAACGUGGUGCUAUCGGCAUUAUUCUUUUUUCUGACCCAGACGACAUUACAGCUGGUGAUGUAGACAAAGUGUAUCCGGAUGAUUGGUGGCUUCCGCCGUCAGGUGCGCAGCGCGGAUCUAUAUACAUCGGUGUAGGUGAUCCGCUCACUCCUGGAUACCCAGCUAUUGCUACUGCGUACAGACAGAAGGAUCCGGAUGAAUGGAUGCCGGGAAUUCCAUGUCAUCCCAUCGGAUACGGUAUAGCAGUACAGAUUAUGAGUGUUUUAGGUGGUGACGAAGUUCCGGCAGCAUGGACAGGAAAGAUGAAUACAACUUACAGAUUAGGAGGAUCAUUUAAAACACCCGAGUGGAAAGCUCGAAUUUUUGUUUCUACGAAAGACAAGAUAGUUACAACAUAUAAUACUGUUGGUAUAAUCAGGGGGAAUGUUGAACCAGAUCGUUAUGUGUUGGUUGGUAACCAUAGAGAUGCAUGGGUUUUCGGCGCUCUUGAUCCUUCCAGCGGCACUGCUAUUAUGAUGGAAAUGUCAAGGGUCAUGGGUCAACUUGUUAAAUCAGGUAGAUGGAGACCACGACGCAGUAUUAUAUUCUGUAGCUGGGGAGCCGAAGAGUAUGGUCUGGUCGGUUCUAUCGAAUGGGUUGAGCACUAUACAAAAACUCUGGGUGCACGGGCUAUAGCAUAUUUGAACGUGGACAUCGCUGUCGAAGGUAACUUUUCAUUGCGUGCACUUGGUACCCCAAUGAUAUUUAAGUCUCUGUAUGAAGCUACAAAGAAAGUACCAAACCCUAACACUACCGAGGUGAACCUUGGUCGGACCACAGUAUAUGAUACAUGGAUGGCUACAUUUCCUUGGACUAAAUAUAACAGGCCAAUGGUAACCUUACCAGGGUCCGGGAGUGACUAUGCACCAUUCAGAGACCGUAUUGGUAUACCAUGUGUUGAUAUAAGAUUCACAUGGGAUAAGAGAAAUCUGAAGUUGUCUGCAUACCCCAUGUAUCAUUCUGUGUACGAAACAUUCUACUUGGUAGACAAAAUUAUGGACAUAGGGUUCAAGCAUCAUAAAGCAUUGGGUCAGAUAUGGGUUGAGAUGGCUAGAGGCCUUGCAGACAGCCUGAUAUUGCCGUUCAAUGUAACUGAUUACUCUGACGCUCUACAAGAUCUCAGUGAUACCUUAUUAGCACAGUUUGGAUCUCUCCUCGAGGACAAUGAUGUGAAUACCAAUCAUCUUAAACAAGCCGUUCACAACUUCACCGAGGCUGUCCAUGACUUUGAGAAAAACAUUCUAAAGUCUAAUAUGAAAGACCCAUUUGUAGUGCGACGUAUAAAUGAUCAGUUAAUGGACGUAGACAGAGCUUUUCUCGACCCUGUUGGACUACCAGGACGCAAGUAUAAAAGACAUAUGAUAUUCACAGAGAGCAGUAUAAAUACCUAUGCCGGAAGUAGUUUUCCUGGAUUAUCCGAUGCAUUAACACUCAUAGUGCAGAAGAAAGAUGUGGCAGUACAGUGGGAGGUUGUGAAGAAGCAUUACUCUGUUAUACUUUAUGCUAUACAAGGCGCCGCGACCAUUCUUAAAGAUGUAUCUAAUUUCAUGUAUGAUUAUUGAACUGAAGGCUUACUAGAACACCGUGCCUUACACUUAAUAGUGUAACGGACAACAUACGUAAAGAACAAAAUGUGAAAUUGUCUCAUAAUCUAAGAACAACUUCAAAUAUACGUUUAUGUGGGUAGAGUAAGAUACAAAACUUUGGGAGGGGGCGGGGCGGGGGGAUAUGUGUACAUGGUUAAGCUAUACAUCUUCCACUGCCUAUAUAUUAUAAUGUAUCAAAAGCUCACCAUUUUGUCAACUAAACGGUGUUUACAAUGUAUCCAUAGAAAAUAGAGCAUACUACUA